CCUGGUGUGCAAGGCCAAGUCAGCUUUUGUGAUAUCUUGCUUGGCCCCCCACUGAUGGAGUGUCCCACGGUCGCGAUCGGCAGAAUAGAGUGGGAAUCGAGGUCCUUUGUGAAGUUAACGUUUCGAAACAGAGCGAGGUGAAACACUUUACCGAGCGUAUCGGGCAUCAAGUACGCAUUUUGGCAGCCGCAAAGCACGAGAACGUUGUAGAGUUCCGGGGAUGGAUGAUGUUGGAUGAUGAAGUUCUGGUUCACGCGGCUGCUGUCUUGACGAGAUGCGAAGGAGGUGAAAUCAUGGCCUUUCUUCGAGAGCACAGAGGUGUGGAUCGGCAAGGCUUGGUUAUCGGAAUCUCUCAAGGUGUGGGGCAUCUUCACUCCAAGGGUGUUGUUCAUGGAAAUCUCAGUCCUAGGAAAAUAUUCGUUGAUUGUACUUAUGACAUUCCUAUCGCAAAGAUUGGUGGCUUUGAGCUCUGCUACUCGCUUAGGGAAAAUCCCGUUUAUUCUGGAGUGGAGUACGGUGUUCUGAGGCUUGUACGAUACGCCCCACCCGAGUUGCUGAUAAGGGCUGGAGUUGAGUGUGAUACGAGUGGCGAUGUUUGGUCCUUUGCAUGCACAUCGCUAGAAGUGCUUCAGGAGCGACCACCUUACAUAACCGUGCAGAACGACCUCCAAAUCCCUAUCGCAGCCGUGAUGCAUACUUCCCCAUACGGAUGGGAAGAUCUUGAUGAUUUUCAACGCGUGCUAAUGGACUGUCUAGAUUAUGAACCUAGUAGACGACCCACUGUCAGCAGAAUAGCAGAUCGGCUGAGGUGCGUGGAUUGUCGUUCCCCAAGAGAAAAACUCAUGCUCAGAAGGCUUGUAAUGGCUGGGAAACAUACUCUCCCCAUUCGGUUAAGCAUAGAACAUGAAAUCAUGCAAGAGGACGACCGGAACCUCACUGGAAAAAUCCAAUCCGAAAAACUGCAUACACAUCAAGGGCAUCCUCCGUUUCCCUAUAAGGGAACCCAUAAGGGCAGGCCAGUCUGCAUCCAACAAUCAGAUUACUUCAAUGUCACAGAUUCGCGUGUGCUCGCUGAAUCCAUACGUGUCUUAAAGAGGCAAAUCCGAAUAUGGCGUCAAUUAAUGCACCCCAACAUAGAGAGGCUCCGUGGAUGGAUGCUAUCUCCGGAAUCUGAAGUAAUCAGUCUGGGCCUAAUUUCCGCUUGGCAUCCUCACCGCGAUGUGAUGGUAUACCUGCGCCAGCACCCAGUUUCCAAUAGACGAAAGAUGGUGUAUGAUAUUGCGCUGGGUCUCUGCUAUCUCCAUUCGAGAGAAAUCGUCCAUGCAAACAUCGAACCCGGAAACGUCGUGAUAGGGGAUGGAGGCAAUGCUUGCUUACGUGGUUUCCAAUUCUCGUAUGAUCGUUUGGAUAAAUUACUUCCUUCCGAUUAUCAUCCCCCCAGUCCCCGUUUUGGAUCCCCAGAAUUGCUCAAUGGUCUCACAAAGGUUCCGGAUCGAGAAAACGAUGUCUGGGCUUUUGGUUGUGUCAGUGUACAAGUAGUUUUGAUCGUAUUCUUUUUUCCAGGGAAAGAUGUUUACCCCCUCCCGCAGAUUCUCAUUGGAGAACCUCCCUACUCCCACCUUACUGACAAUCAGAUCCCUGUCGCUGCCAUACCGCCCUAUGAGUGGGAGGGCCUUGACGAAUUCGAAAGCUCUGUUGCUAGAUGCUUUACAUAUCUUCCGCACAGGGGCCGAAUAAGCAUCAAUGGGGUGCGCGAUACUCUCGACAGAAGAAACCUCUGAGAUGUCCACCGGAGGUCGCCAAGGGGGCCGUGUCUACCACAGCGGAUUCUCCGCAUCAGGGGAGAAAAACGACUCAACCCUAACGACUCGGACUCCAGAUGCACAGCAGCUCGUCAGGCCUGAGCAAUCGACGGGUUCAGGUUCCUUCGUUGACGUAGAUCCCACGCUCCACAGUGAACGAGAUGUCCCCCAAGUUGAAACCUCCACUCCCAGUCUUUCCUCCACAACUCGUUCUGUACUUUUUUCCAAUGAGUGGGGGUUCCCUCCUUACCCCAUUCUAAAUGUCGCUGUAAGGAGUCAACCCGGCUCACCUGGAGAUUCCCGAUCCUGGCUCAACACUGCCGCGCAACGUUUUGGGUUUGGUUACCACUGGGUGAGCCUUCGUGAAUCCCGUGCACCCAUGCA